CAAAGAAGUGCAGGUGGCAGCACCAGCCUGUCCCUGCCUCUAGCCCUCCCCACAAGUCCUUUCCCAUAGCUGCCCCUCCACCCACCCACCCACUCACUCUCCUAAGCUGCAACUGCCUUGCCCAGGCGCCCUUCAGUGCCUUAUAUUCCCCAGCAAGUCCUCCCAGCAUGCCUUGCAUUAGCCUACAAUUCCCAUGACCCUCCCCUGGGAACUACAUUUCCCAGAAUUCCCUUGGUCUAGCUUGACCUGGGACUGGCCCAUGCCUGAGCGGGCAGGGCCAGUCCCUGUGUGGCAGAGCAGGCAUAGUGCUCCAAGGGGAUGUUUUGCAGGUGUUUCCCUCACAGCAGGUGGAGGGGAUUCAUGCAGCACGGGGGGGUGAGGCUCUAGCUCUUCGAAUCCCUCUUGGACCGUGAGAAACUCCCUCUUGGCUUCAGCAUAAGGAUCCAGCGUAAGGGAAGCAGUGACCCACGUGCUAAGCUCUGUGCAUGGGGCCGACUCCUGUGCGUGAAGUCAAACCCGUGUGGAUGUGUGCACCCCAGGACACCGGUACCUUGGCCGCCCCUGCAUCGCUUCGCUCUUUGGCAAGGAGCACCUGGUUUCCUGAAAGCGGAGUCAGUCUCAGCCAGGAGAUGCCCCGCAGGAAUUCCUGCCGGGAUGAGGGUGUGGUGGAGGAGGUGUGCGAGCAAAUGGUGUUUGCUUCUUUCUCAUUUGGGGAACCUGGAGUUGAGUUUAGGAGUUUACCCGCUUCGUUUUCACCCCUACUCCGCCAGGUUCUCACCGAUGGCCCUGUGGAUCCAGGCCCAGCAGCUGCAGGGAGAGGCCCUGCGCCAGAUGCAGGCGCUGUGCAGCCAGCACUUCCCCAUCGAAGUGCGGCAUUACCUGUCGCAGUGGAUUGAGAGCCAGGCAUGGGACUCCAUCGACCUCGAUAACCCCCAGGAGAACCUCAAAGCCACCCAGCUGCUGGAGGGGCUGAUCCAGGAGCUGCAGAAGAAGGCCGAUCACCAAGUGGGCGAGGACGGGUUCUUGCUGAAGAUCAAGCUGGGGCAUUGUGCCACUCAGCUGCAGGUCGGUGCCUGGAGCCGCAAUGGGGCAGCCUUUCCCUUCGUGUCCUGCCAGGGGCCGGCCACGCCCCCCGGGCGCUCCCCCGUGGGCCGGCCAAGCCGGGCGCAUAGCAGGGGGCUGGAACGGCAGCAGAGUGCGUGAUGGCAGGUGCCGUCUCUCCCCUCUCCUCACCGCGUGGGACCAGCGCAUCCCUGAGCCCCCUCCGCUGCUGCCCUGAGCUCCAUCCCGUCAUGUCACAGCCCCCCCAGCCACUUCCGUCCCCUGCGGGCUCCUUGUCCUGCCACGGGCCGUCUGGGUGACCCCCAUCCUCAUCCACAUGCCCUGGGAGCGGGGAUGCCAGCAGGGUAGGUUAGGGCAGGAGCAGCCCCCCGUCCAGUGCCCACGGCACCCCCUUUUUCCCCAGCUGAGGGCGGUGAGAGCCCCUGAUUAACUCCACUCUGUGCAUAGCUCAGGACCUUUGCUACCCCUCCUGCAGAACACGUAUGACCGCUGCCCCAUGGAGCUGGUGCACUGCUGUGACGAACUGGGAAUGUUCUUAAUGUUUUCUCUGAAUACUGUGUUGGUGCCUCAGUGUCCCCAUGGCAGUUCUUAAGUAUCUGGGUGGUGGAAUCAGGGUGUGUGAUUGCUGCAGAGCAAAGGGCCAGUGCCCCUAAAUGCCUGGCACUCUGUCUCCUAGCAACUGAUGGCCUGGGCCCCCCCUCUGCAAAGGUGCCAGCUGAAGGUGUUGGAGACAAAGGGAUCAGGUGACCUCCUGGCCCGGGAAAGGGGCUGUGCAGAAAGGAGGGGCUGGAGGGGGUUGUUAGUCUGGAGCUGGCUGGGGA